AUGGCAGCCUCAGAGGGGACGCCGUCGCCUUUUCGAGUGGAACAGGAGCAAGGUGGGUCUCUAGAAAGUUCCACUCUCCAGAAGAGGGAGCCGGUUGACGCUGCUUUCAGUCUGCUUCCACGCUCGUCCUUUAUCCUGUCAUCGUCUCCAAUUGAGACUGGACAGAUUCUUUUCCUCGACUACGCUCUUCCUCUGUCCUCCUGUCUCUUCACAGAGACGCAGGUAGACCAGCAGGAGACAGAACAUGCGUGCCUGAAGUGCUACAACCAUUUCUUCGGCGGUGUCUAUCCCUCAAUCGACACUCCCUGUCGGGGCAGUUCUGCGUUGCCUUCACGUCUGUCUCAGCCUACGAGCCGCCAGCGCCGUGCUGAAUGGCCAGAUUCUUCAGAGGCAUCAAGCGACGCGGAAGACACCAACGACGCUCAGCCUCCAUUGAAUCCCUGCCUUUCGCAAGGGUUCAGAGGAACAAAACAAAGGAGCGACAUGGUUGGGAGUGCGUCGGCGAAACUGCGAACGUCAGCGCACAUAGCUUUCGCCCAGCGCUACCUCGAGAAGCCCUUCGGUAAUGGCAUGAUGGAGCUCGACGCCUCUCGUUGCUGGCUCGUCUACUGGAUGGUCCACGCUCUCGACCUCAUGGAUGCCUUCGACCCCUCCCAGCACAGAGAGAGAAUUCUCUCUUUCCUCCGAGCGGCAUGGGACCGGCAAGCUGGGGGAGGGUGGGGUGGAGGACCUGGGCAACAGGCGCAUUUGGCGCCGACGUAUGCCGCGACGGCAAGCGUGUUUGUGACUCGUGGUGUGGUGGAAUGGUUCCACACGAUGCGCGAGAGCUUGAAGACAGCAAAGAGCGAGAAGGCCUCAAAGGCAGCAGGAUCUUCAGAUGAGGGAGGAGAGAGGAAGCGGGACUGCGAGGCAUGCAAGGGGUACAUGGAGACAGAACAGGACCAAAGUGGAGACCAAGCGGAAGUAGGCGAUGAAAACAAAGAUCCUCGCCAAUAUAUCUAUGAUUGGCUUAUGCGAGUCAAGAGCCAUGGGGGAGGCUUCCGGAUGCACGUUGACGGCGAGAUCGAUAUGAGAGGCACUUAUUGUGCAGUGGCGACAGCCUCGAUGCUUCACAUGCUGACAGACGAACUCGUCGAGGGGGUUCCGGAGUACGUUGCCGCCUGUCAGACCUACGAAGGGGGAAUAGCAGGAGAGCCCGGCCUCGAGGCGCAUGGUGGUUACACCUACUGCGGUCUCGCGGCACUCUGCAUUCUGGGAAAAGCCCACGAGUUCCUUGACCUCGAUCGCCUUCUACACUGGGCAGUGAUGAGACAGAUGGGCUUCGAGGGAGGCUUCCAGGGUCGGACAAACAAGCUCGUCGACUCGUGCUACUCGUUCUGGAUGUCCGCGCUGUUCCCUCUUCUUGCCCACGCUUUCCACCUUGCGGGGCACCGCAUUCCCCGCGAGCUUUGGGCCUCUUCUAGGCAUCUUCAGCAGUACAUUCUUGCUUGCUGCCAGGAUCCGCGAGGGGGUCUCCGUGAUAAGCCGGGAAAAGCGGCGGAUCUCUAUCACACGUGUUACGCGCUCUCCGGUCUCUCUGUAGCCCAACACACUCUACUCUCUGCCACGUCGUCUGCAUCUUCAUCGACUUCCGUGUUGGCAGGUGAACAGCCGAAAGUUUUCACUUCCGGUCUUGAAGGAUGUCUGGUGGCACGCACAGACAUCUUCUACAAUGUUAGAAUUGACAGAGUGACUGCGGCAAGAAACGAGCUGCAGCAUUCACUGCCUCCUUUUGUCGAGUGUCGAAGCGCGUGCCGAGGUUUCGAAGGGCCUGGUGUUGUCUCAUACUAUACUGGGAGUCCGCUGGGUGGUUCCUUUUGUACAUCAGAGCCACGCUUCGCAGAGAAUUAUGUAUUUGCAGGUGGUCUAAUGCACUGA